UUAUUGUUUCUAAACCCUUUUUAAAUAGCUCGAUUUGAUUCUCUCUCGAUAUUACAAGACUUGUCAUAUGUCAAGUUGAGAUUAAAUAUUUUGAGUAAAUUGUCAAUUACCCCAUGAAAUUGUAACUUUCGUCAAAAACCACCUUCAAUCUUGCAAAACUUCCAAAACCUCUUGAUUUUAUCAAACAUCCGUCAAAUACCCCUUGUCUAUUUUUAUCUAUUUUUAUCUGCACCCUAUAAUGUGACACCUCCAUGAGGUAAUUGUUUUUUGUUUUUUUUUAAUCUAAAAUCUGUGUGAUUAUAAAAAUAGACAAAUACCCCAGUUUAGAGAUAUUUCAUAAUCAUAUUGAGGGGGAUUUUCCAAAAUGUGUUGCUGCAACUCUUUCCCCUAUCAUUCAUAAUCAUAUUUCAUUGACUAAUUAAUGACAUUGACUGAAUCAUAGGCAUUCUCACCAAGCAAAUGACUUAGACACGACAUGUUAAUUUGUUUUUGAUGGUAAAGACUGUUAGGUUUUUACAUAACAGUAUACUACCUGGUUUCUUCCGACAGCUAAAGACAAAAUGUAGAAUCUAAUGAAGCCAAUUUACCUUGGUGAACAUCGCCACGUUGGUUAAUUCUAUGUCUCUUGACAACUGUUUUUGUCUUGUUUUUCAUUCCUUUUACUAUAAUCCUUCAUUUUAGUAACCAAUUUUUUGGGCCUCUUUCAGACCCCAAGAGUUCAGUUAUGGGUUCCACUCGCUCAGAUGGCUCUGCCACACACAAAGAACGCUUAAGAUGGACACAACAACUCCAUGAUCUCUUUGUGGAGGCUGUAAAUAGGCUUGGGGGUGCAGAUAGGGCAACACCAAAAGGUAUAUUGAAAGGAAUGAAGGCUAUGGGAGUUUCAGAAUUGAAAAUAUUACACGUCAAAAGCCACUUGCAGAAAUACAGGAUCUCCAAAUUGAUUCCAGAAUCCACCACAAGAGGAAAAAUUGAGAAGAGAAGCAUAUCAGAUAUACUGCCAAAUUUCUGUUCUAUAUCUGCUCUUCAGCUAAAGGAAGUCCUUCAAAUGCAGGCAGAGGUGCAAAACCGCAUGAGUGAUAAAGUUGAGGUUCCAAAAAGCUUGAAGCUGAAGAUUGAAGCACAAGGAAAGUAUCUAGCCAGAAUUGGACAAAGUAAUCAAAUCAGAACAAUUACAAGAAAAGCUUGCAAGCCUUUUGUUGGUAAAGCAACCCCUUUGCCCUCUCUUUCCGAGGAAUCUGAAUCCUUUAAAACACAAUCCGACGAAGAACAUCGAACAGCGAAAAAGAAAAAGGUCACAAAUGAGAAUGUUUUUCCUACAGGUUUUGAACUGGGAUCAUCCACUACCUCGGAAUUCAGCAACCAAACCUGGAACCUUUCUUGGAGUCAGCUGGCUGAAGCAACCUACCAAUCACCUUUGGUGCCUAGUUUCUUAUUAUAGGUUUUGUAUAAUUAGAAUAACUGUUUGCCCUAAUAAGAGAGUUGAUGAUGAUGUUCAUCUUAUAUAUACAAUGUUUGCAUGAUCUUUUUUUGGUCCUUCAAAGCAGUUUCAUAUGGACAUUUAUAAGUUGGAGGACCUUGAAAUGAACAAUGUUAUGUAUAUAUUGUUGGAUGAAAAUAAAAGGUUCAACAGAAUCACACAUCAUAUAUGUAUAUUUUGAUAGUAAGUAGUUGAUUGCUUGCAACAGAGUUAUUCUGAUUUUAGAG